UACAAGGUAUUGGGGUUGAAGGAAGUGUCUUCUGCACGCCUCCCUCGCAGCAAACCGACCCGAAAUCUGACAUCUCUGCUCGGUACUUCAAGGCUUGGACCUUCGCCACAUACUGUAGUUUUCUUUUUUCGGCAAGAAAAUAAAGAAAAUGGCACUCAUGAUUCUUCCGGUCCUGGGCUCUCUGUCUGUAUCUGAGGGCCUUGUGGCCAUAGCCACAGUCUGUGCAGUCUACCUGCUGCUGCGGCUCUUGCGCACGGACAUCCCAGAGGGCCUUCAAAGGCUGCCGGGCCCAAAGCCACUCCCCAUCUUAGGGAAUGUCCUAGAGGUCGGCAGAAACCCCCACCUGAGCUUGAGUGCCAUGAGCAAGCGCUAUGGCCCUGUUUACCAAAUCAAAAUCGGCAUGCGGCCCGUGGUGGUGCUCAGUGGGAGUGACUGUGUCCGUGAGGCACUCAUCAAACAGGGAGAGGUCUUUGCUGGCCGUCCGGACCUCUACAGCUUCCACUUCAUCAAUAACGGCAAGAGCCUGGCCUUCAGCACCGACAAAGUCGGGGUGUGGCGGACCCGGCGCAAGCUGGCAUUGAGUGCACUGCGCUCCUUCGCCACCCUUGAAGGCAGCACCUCAGAAUACUCCUGCAAGUUGGAGGAGCACAUCUGCAAGGAGGGCAAGUACCUGGUUCAACGGCUCAGCUCUGUCAUGGAGGUCAGCGGCAGUUUUGACCCUUUCCGCCAUAUCGUGGUCUCAGUUGCAAACGUCAUCUGUGCCAUGUGCUUCGGCCACCGCUAUAGCCACGAUGACCAGGAGCUGCUGAACAUCGUGAACCUGAGUGAUGAAUUUGGCCGGGUGGCAGGCAGUGGCAACCCUGCAGACUUCAUCCCUUUUCUUCAAUUCCUACCCAGCCAGAGAAUGAAGACUUUUCAAAACAUCAACAACCGCUUCAACGUUUUUAUGGAAAGAAUUGUCAGAGAACAUUACAGCUCCUACGAUAAGAAUAACGUUCGUGACAUCACAGAUUCCCUCAUAGAGCACUGUGAGGAAAGGAAGCUGGAUGAGAAUUCAAAUCUUCAAGUUUCAGAUGAGAAGAUUGUUGGCAUUGUCAAUGACCUCUUUGGAGCUGGUUUUGAUACUAUCAGUACUGCACUGUCGUGGGCCAUCAUGUACUUGGUAGCCUAUCCUGAAAUCCAAGAGAAACUCCAUCAAGAACUGAAGGACAAAGUAGGGAUGGCUCGUAAUCCCUGUCUGUCUGACAAAUCCCAGCUACCCCUCCUUGAGGCCUUCAUCUUGGAGAUCUUCCGCCACUCCUCUUUUCUUCCCUUUACUAUCCCACAUUGCACCACUAAAGACACAUCUCUCAAUGGAUACUUCAUCCCAAAAGACACCUGCAUUUUCAUCAAUCAGUGGCAGAGUAACCAUGACCCAACGUUAUGGAAAGAUCCAUUUUCAUUUUCCUUGGAGCGUUUCCUGACUGCAGACGGCACAGAGGUGAACAAGAUGGAAGCGGAGAAGGUGUUGAUCUUUGGCUUGGGCAAGCGGCGCUGCAUCGGGGAGGUCAUUGCGCGCUCUGAGGUCUUCCUCUUUUUGGCCAUUCUGCUACAGAAGCUGCGGUUUCAUGGAAAGCCUGGGCACUUGCUAGAUAUGACACCUGAGUAUGGCUUGACCAUGAAGCACAAACGUUGCCAGCUGUGCGCAAGCGUGCGGGUACCAGACCAGCCCUGAAGCUCUGCUCUGUGUUCAUCGAGCACACAUUUGAACAAUCUUAGUCAGGUGGCUCGACACGUUCUUACUCAUGAAGCUGAUGCAGAGAAAGAAGUGUUGGGAAGUGUAAUGGGCAACAUUCGUUGACAGGAAUCCAUAGCCUAUGGCCAUGUCGCCUUGAAUGGCAUGACUCCUAGACUGAUGUGGUCGGAGAAUAAAAUGGGUAAGCCAGUCAAACCACAAAGCAGUUUGGAUUUAACAUUCAAUAAUAAAUUUAGCGAAGGUAAUUUUCUAUACAUGCACAACAUUUUCAGUUUAGAAUGGAAAGAGUAUGGAUGGUAUGAUCUGCAAUAUACUUCAUAAAUUACUAUUCGUUUUCUUGAAAGCUAUAACAUAUUUUGCUUUUAAAUGUUCUAAAGCAAGUACAACCUUUAAUGAGAAAAUGUUAAUAGCAGAGCCAUAACUGGCAUUUUUAAUAAGUUUUGGCAGAAAUGAAAACCUAGUUUUGGAGGAACAAAGCCAAAAGCAUGUAAAACAUGUCUUUUUAAUCCAGACAGUCUGCAUAGCUUGUUUUCCCACAUCAGCUUGCCCUGAAAAUGGCCAUUUUAUUUAAGCUACAUGAAUGUUUCCAUGUACAACAGAGAAUGUCUACUGUUUAAGCAUUUUGUAAAUUGUUUAAAAAGCUGCACAUGGUCACUUACGCCAAAUGUGCCUCUUCUAAAAGACUGAUGAAGAACCAUACAGCCACAUCCUAUGACAUUUUACUUUUUUCUUUAAACUGUUUAGUGAAUUAAUUUUGAGGAAUUAUCCCAAAAUGUGACGUAAAGACAAACCAGCAAAGCAUGAUAAAGCUAUUUUGUAUAGGAAAAUAAAGUGUGCUUAUGUAUAUACUCAUAUAUGCUGACUUUGGUCUAUUAAGGGGGCUAGUAUUACCAAACACUAACUUUAAAUGCUGAUGUUGGGAAUCUUUUCCUCAGUCUGUUUUGUUAAUUUUGUUUUUUAAUGCAUUGAUAUUUUCAGCUGAAAAGAACCAAAUGAAUUGAAUAUACUAUGUGAAGAUAGGUGUGUAACCAAGUCAUUCAUAUACACUGGAGAUUUAGUGUUAAUUGUGGAACUAAUUUUUA